AUGCAGAAUGAUUCAGUAACAUGGGAGAUAUUAGGAAAAGGAAAAUGCUCAUUUAAAAAAAAAUUAGAAACUGAAACAUUUUGUUUAAACGAAUAUAAUGUGACAGGUUUAUGUACAAAAGUCAAUUGUCCAUUAAGUAAUAGUGUAUAUGGUACAGUUAUUUUAGAUAAAGGAAAAAUAUAUUUAUAUUUAAAAUGUGCAGAAAAAGUUCAUUUACCUAAUAUGAUGUGGACUAAGCUUUUAUUAAGUUUAAACAGAAAAGAAGCAUUCAAUGCUAUAUACAAAGAAAUGAAAUAUUCAUUCAAUAUAAAACAAAUUAAAAAAUGUAUGAAAAGAUAUGUAAGAAUAAAAGAAAUUUUAAAAAGAAGUAGAAAGCUUAUUUUACAAAAGAAAGUAAAAUUAUUACCAGUAAAAAAAAAAACGGAAAGAAGAGAUAGAACAAGAGAAAAUAAAGCAUUAAAAGCUGCAAAUAUCUUAAAUAAUGUAGAGAAAGAAUUAUUGAAUAGAUUAAAUAAUGGAUUAUAUGGAAAUUUAUAUAAAUUUUUAACACCCAAAAAAAAAAUUAAAAAUAAAGAUUCCGAAUUAUCAAAAAUUUUUAAUGAAAUGAAAGAAAAAAAAAUGAUUAAAAAAAAAGAAACAAUAAAAGAAGCUAUAGAAAACGAAGAGUACGAAAAUAUUUCUCAAACAAAUUUGAGCGAUGAAAAUGAAGAAGUAGAUGAUUAUGAAGAAGAUGACUAUGAAGAAGAUGAAGAUGAAGAAGAUAAUAGUGAUGAAGAAUAUUAUAAUGAUGAAGAAGAUGAUAAUAAUGAAGAAUAUUAUAAUGAUGAAGAAGAAUUAAGUGAGAAUCUCGAUGAAGAGGAAUAUUUAAGUGAUGAUAAUAAAUAUGAUGAAUCAAUAAGUUCUGAUAAAGAUAAAAAUAAAAAAAAAAAAAAAAUGUAUAUAAAAGAAUAUGUUGAUGAUGAUUACAUUAAAAAUUUACAAGAAAAUGGUAAAUUUCCUAAUGAUGAUGAAAUAGAAGAAAUGAAUCAUAAUUUUAGAAAAAAAAGAAAUACUAACAAUAAUAAACAAAAAAGCAAAAAAAAGAUUCGAAUAGCUUAUGAAAACGAUUAG